AGAUGACCAUCAACACUCUGGCUAAAGGAGGGUGGCAUCGCGAACAAAUGACAUGCUUUCAAAAGAUGGAGAAAGUGAUAGUAGCCAUGCAGGAUCCUGACAUGGGCAUGAAGAUGAGGAACCAAAGGCUUCUAAUCACUGUUAUACCACACGCCAUGACAGGCAGAGAUAUCAUUGACUGGUUGAUGCAGAAGUACACCAUCAAUGAAGAAGAAUCUUUGCAUCUCGGUGGCAUGCUUGUCAAAUAUGGGUAUAUUUAUCCUCUGAAGGAGCCCAGGUGUCUAGUGCUCAGGCCCGAUGAGUCACCCUACCGCUUCCAGACACCCUAUUUCUGGACGAGCACUCGGUGGCCAGCCUCAGAACUGGACUAUGCUAUAUUUCUAGCCAAAAAGAACAUACGAAAGCAAGGUGAACUUAUGGAGUAUGAGAAGGAGAGAUACAGCAUAUUGCACAAACGCAUUAAUCAUACCUGGGACUUUGUUGUGAUGCAAGCAAGAGAACAACUCAGGGCUUCCAAACAGCGCCGCAAGGCCGAUCGAAUUGUUCUUGAAUGUCAAGAGCAGGCUUACUGGCUCAUUAACAGACCACCGCCUGGAGCACCUUAUGCACUGGACAUGGGCCUGGAGAGACCAAGCAGCUUCAGCACAAGAGUUAAACUGAACAGUGACUACUACAAAAGAGAGAUAGAAAACUGCAGAAGAGCCCUGGGCCGCAACCGUGUCAAGUCCUCCAUCUGUCUCGAGGGGUUUGUGAAGUACAGUGAGCAGUACCAAAACCACGAUCCCAUUAUGCAAGGCUGUCUGCCCAGUAACCCCUGGAUCUCUGACGACACAGCUCUAUGGACCAUGAAUGCAGAAUCGGUCCCUGUCCCCACACGUCUUCGAGUGGAGCGGUGGAGCUUCAGUUUUAUGGAGCUGCUCAAUGAUCCAAUGGGACGGCGAGAGUUCAUGACGUACCUGGAGAAGGAGUUUAGUGCUGAGAACCUGUGUUUCUGGCAAGCUUGUGAGGAAAUUAGGCAUGGUGAAACCUCCAGGAUAGUUGAGAAGGUGGAAGAAGUCUAUAAAAAUUUCCUGGCACCUGGAGCAUCUCGCUGGGUCAACAUCGACAGUAAAACGAUGGACAACACUUUAGAAGGAAUCAAACACCCACACCGAUUUGUCAUGGACGACGCACAGAUGCACAUCUACUUUCUGAUGAAGAAGGACUCAUACCCAAGAUAUCUCAAAUCUGACCUUUAUAAAAACAUGCUGGCUAAGGCUUUACUGCCUCAGGAGACAAAGAAAAGUGUGUUUCCAUUCAUGAGGCGUCAGCGACACUCUAGCCCUUCCCCGGCUCAGGCUGCCUCUCACUUUGCAGAAGACAGCCGCUCCAGAGGGGCUACGUCUGCAGGUAACUGAGCACGCAGACCUGGACCAAAAACUCACCACUUUCAUCAAGUCGCCAAGCGCUCAGCAUCAACUAGUAACAUAUCACCAAAUACAGGGUUUAAGCACAGAACCAUUGUAAUACAACACAUGCUACAGCUCACUUUUAUUUAUUCAUACUCAUCUGCAUCUUCAUCUAUAAAGCUAAUUUACAGCCAUGUUACAAACCCCCAAAGAAUUGUACAAAUUGUAUUUA